CGCUGCCCUCCCCGCCGCCGGCCCGCCCCGGGGGUGUCCCCGGCAGCGGGUCCCGCCCAGGGAGCGGCGGGGCCGGGGCGGCCCCCAGGGCUGCCCACGCCCCCGGCCCGCCCCCGGCCCCGCCGCUCCAUCCCGGGACGGGCCGGCCGCGCUGACAGUCGCGCUCGGCGGCCGCCUCGGGCUCAGCAACCGGGCAGCGCCCGCCGCUCCUGCCCGCGCCCACCUGUGGCGGCGGCUGCCCCGGGCAGGGGGCGGCGGGGCGGGCCGGGCUGGGGUGGGCCGGGGGCGCUGCUGCCACCGCCACCGCCUCCGCCGGCUCCGCGCGGUCUCUUCCCCGCCUGCCCUCCAGGAUGAGCCCGGAGUAUUCCCUGCGCUCCUUGCUGCUCAUCAUCCUCGCCACCUUCUCGGCCAACGCCAGCAACUGGCUGUACCUGGCGAAGCUGUCCUCGGUGGGGAGCAUCUCCGAGGAGGAGACCUGCGAGAAGCUGAAGGGCUUGAUCCAGCGCCAGGUGCAGAUGUGCAAGAGGAACCUGGAGGUGAUGGACUCGGUGCGGCGGGGAGCCCAGCUGGCCAUCGAGGAGUGCCAGUACCAGUUCCGCAACCGCCGCUGGAACUGCUCCACGCUGGACACCCUGCCCGUCUUCGGCAAGGUGGUGACGCAAGGGACACGGGAGGCAGCAUUCGUCUAUGCCAUCUCUUCGGCAGGGGUGGCCUUCGCCGUGACCCGCGCCUGCAGCAGCGGCGAGCUGGACAAGUGUGGAUGUGACCGCACGGUGCAGGGGGGCAGCCCGCAGGGCUUCCAGUGGUCGGGCUGCUCCGACAACAUCGCCUACGGCGUGGCCUUCUCGCAGUCCUUCGUCGACAUCCGCGAGAGGAGCAAAGGGGCCUCUUCCAACAGAGCGUUAAUGAACCUCCACAACAACGAGGCAGGGAGAAAGGCGAUCCUGAACAACAUGCGGGUGGAGUGCAAGUGCCACGGCGUGUCGGGCUCGUGCGAGUUCAAGACGUGCUGGAAAGCCAUGCCCCCCUUCCGCAAAGUGGGCAACGUCCUCAAGGAGAAAUUCGACGGCGCCACGGAGGUCGAGCAGAGCGAGGUCGGAUCCACCAAGGUGCUGGUGCCCAAAAACUCCCAGUUCAAGCCGCACACGGACGAGGACCUCGUCUACCUGGACUCCAGUCCCGACUUCUGUGACCACGACCUCAAGAACGGGGUGCUGGGCACCAGCGGCCGGCAGUGCAACAAGACCUCCAAGGCCAUAGACGGCUGCGAGCUGAUGUGCUGCGGCCGCGGCUUUCACACGGACGAGGUGGAGGUUGUGGAAAGGUGCAGCUGCAAAUUCCACUGGUGCUGCUCCGUCAAGUGCAAACCCUGCCACCGGGUGGUGGAGAUCCACACGUGCCGGUGAUGCACGCCGGGAGAGCACCCACGCCCGCCCCAUCUUUUUACUGACCCUGCUUCUCCCUUGCCCCGCGACCAGGACUGAGGAAGUGACCCAGACACUGCAGGGAGAGCACAGCUCUUUUACAGAGACAGAACCCCAGAGAAAAAACCAGAUUUUAAAGAAAAAAUAUUUAAAGUUUAA